AUUGACAGAAAACAUUGCGAGAUGUCAUCUAACAAAGUUACGGCUGUGGCUGGCUAGCGAAAUGGAAGAGACAUCAAAAACAGAGGAAAGAUAGACAGUAUUAGAUGCGGCAGUGUGCAGUACAGUACCAUAUUAUAUUAGGUCUGUAGCCAAGUGAGUUUCUCUAGACUGGUACCAGGUUUUCAGGUAUACCGGAGCCACCUUCCUAUACCCCAUUAGAACCAUAAUGGGGUUUAUGCACCAGCUCCUUAUUCUUCUCUGGAAGAAUUGGACUUUGAAAAGGAGAAGUCCUUUUGUUCUUCUGUUGGAGAUCUUGAUUCCACUCACAUUAUUCUUCAUCUUAGUAUCUCUCAGACACCAUAAACCAUCCAUUCCAGAAAGCCAGAAAUACUACAUGGCACAACCUUUACCCUCAUCUGGUGUCAUACCGGUCAUGCAAGUCUUCUGUCCGACAGCCGUCAGGGACCCCUUCGGUCUUCCGGACCACCCAAAUUCAGAGGUGACCAAAUUCUUGGAGCAACUUGACCAGCUUGUCAACACAAACACGAUCUUCACUCGCAAGUUUUCCGUCAGUGAUAUCAGCGUUCUGCCAGAUGUCUUCCAGGAUAUCCUCGGGAACCAAGACUCGGUUGAGUACAAGUUUGCUUCUGCCGACGAUUUCCCAUUGUCAUCGAUACUGAAAGAUGACAAAGGUUUCAAGGAUUUCUUGGUGCAGAAUCUGAGCUUGAGCCAGCACGAUGCCGAUCACAUAGUGGAUAGCAAUAUUAGCACCAGCCAGGUAAUUAUUGAAACUCUUCAAUCAUUUUGGUCUUGAUAUUUGAAGGAGGGUGUUGCAUGAAAACUUGCAAUCAAUCACAGUCAGCUUUAUGAAGCAUGAUACGUGCAGUUAUGCAAAUUUCCAUGUGAUUACUAAUCUGCUUCAUGCAGCUAAAAUUGGGAAUCGAUUUGCGCAGUUUAAAUUUGGUAAAUUAUUAAUAACAUACGUAAGAAUGAUUUUUGCAAUGAAUUUGCAAGUACAUAAGUUCCUUGCAUUAUUCUCUCGGGCCAGAAGGGUGUUUCAUUGAUUAAAUCAAUUUUAAAAACAAUUUUGAUAUAAAGCACUUAGGAGGAAUCAAGCCAUGCGUUUUGAUUAUUGGAUAAAAGAUUUGACUUGAGAAGAUGCAUCAGCACUUGCUACACUGUACAUGCCAUAAAGAUACUUCCAAUAUUUCCAGUUUAAAGCCUUCCAAUUGACGGACAAACUCUAGGGCCCUGUCUUACAAAGAGUUGCAAUCGAUUUGAAUCGAUCUUAAAUUGCAAUCAAUAAGUGUAGCUCAGAGAUAUGAAUUAGAGAUCAUCCUCAAUUUGAGUUUGAUUUGAAUCUAUUGCAACCGUUUAUGAAACAGUACGUCCUGUAUACAUGUAUUUACUACUCCUCCCAUCUAAUAAGAAAAUGUAAUUAAAUUUCUGACAUUAAUGACCUCUGGGUCUAGCGAGAUGCUUUUUUUUCAAACUUUACUCCCUGGCUGCCUUCUACCUUGAACAAUAGGAGAGCAUGUUUGGAAUAUAAUGGCCUCCAGAUUAGGGAGAUUAAUUGUAUUCGGAAAGCAAGACAGUGGAAUAUUAAUCCAAUAGUACUUUGACAUUAUGAAGUUGCCCAGUGGAUUUUAUUUCUAUGUUGUUGUAAAGUGCUCUUUGAAGAAGAUGAGUAUGAAGAUGACAUUGAUGAUGAAGAUUAUGGCAGUGAUGAUGAACAUUAUGACACUUAUAAUGAUGAUGUAAUAACAUUGAUGAUGAAGAUUGUGACAGUGAUGAUGCUGCUGCCGAUGAUGAUGUAAUAACGAUGAUGAAGAUGAUAGUAAUGAUGAUGCUGACAAUCAUGAUGCUGCUGACAAUGACAAUAACGAUGACAGUGAUGAUGAUGAAGGUGACAAUGAGGACGAUGAUAAUAACUAUUAUGACAAUGGUGAUGAUGACGAUAACGAUGAAGGUGAAUCGUAAUUCAUGCUUGUUUCUGGAUUGGAAGAUGACUGAACAUGGUCUAAAUUGUACAUGUCAGCUCAAUACUUCAGUAAAACCCUUUCAGUAACCCUUCCUAGUGAUAGACAAACUACUGCUAUAACCUGUAUCACUCCUCUCAUCUAAUAAAUACAUUUCAUUAAAUUUAUGACCUCUAGCUUUUAAUAGCGAGAUGCAUUUUCUAAAUUUCUCAUAAUCAUCUCCGUGGGUAAAACUCCCUGGCUGCCUUCUACGCUGAACAAUUACAUCAGAGGGUUUGUUGGGUAUAAUAGCCUCUAUAUUACAUGUAGGUGGAUGAAGAAUACUUUGGCCUCGUAACACAAAAAUAAGUUAUUAAUUUUUUUGAUUAAUAAAUGAAAUGGCCUAUCAAGAUCACCGUUGCAUGUGCAUUUUGCACAGUAGACUUACAAGGAACCAAUAGGAAUUGUUCUUUCAUAUUAGUGAUUAAUCACUAACCUUCGUGUUAAAGGCCCUGGAGUUGGUAGAUAGGGGUUUGGAGAAAAUCCACAUGUAGUUAAAAAUUAACCCCAAUGUAUAAUGAAGUCGCUCAGGAGAUUGUAAUCCUCUGUUGUUGAUCAUUGCUCUUUGAAAAUGAUGAAGAUGGCAGUGUUUACGAUGAGGAGGAGGAGAAGGAGGAUAAUCAUGACGGUGAUGAUGAUAAUGAUGAUGCGGAUGAUGAUAAUGAUAAUGGUGAUGAUGAUGAUGAUAAUGAUAAUGGUGAUGAUGAUGUUGAUGAUGAUGAUGAUAGUAUUAGUAAUGAUAAUGAUGGUGGUGGUGGUGAUGAUGGUGAUGAUGAUAAUGAUAAUGGUGAUUAUGAUGGUGAUGAUAAUGAUGAUGGUGAUGAUGGUAAUGAUAAUGGUGAUGAUGAUGAUGAUGAAUGAUGAUGAUAUUGGUCAAGGUCAUGAUUGUGAUGAUGAUGAAGAUGCUAAAAUUAUGACGCUGAUGAUGAUGAGAAUGGUGGUGAUGAUGAUGAUAAGAAGGGGAAUAGUAUAAUUUUAGCCAGUGUAGCCACUUCAUAGUUUAUAACUUGUCAAUUGCCUCUACACUACAUGUUUUGAGCACCCACAGUGUGUCUAGAAUACCUAAUAAAAUGUACAUGGGGUCAUACAUGUACCAUCAGGUUUAGGGCAUCUAAUUCAAAAUGUCAAUGUAACAAGGAGGUAUCAACCGUUUUAUUUCUCAACAUUUGAAGAUCAAUUUAGAUUUUGCUAAGUUUUGAUGUGUCGAUGUGAGAAAGGAUUUUUACUAUUAUCCAUGUUUGAAUUGAAAUAUUUUAAUACAGAUUUAAAGCAGUUGACACACAUAUUGAAAUAUGAAAUUAUUUGAUUUCAUGUAAUUAAAUAAAAAGGGAAAGUGGGGACAUGGCAUCACCAGCCUAACAACUACAUAUUCAUGACAGCAUACACACACACACAAAAAAAACUGUUUGGAAAAAAUAUUGCCAAACUUCAAUAGAGCAUUAUUUUGAUUAGAUUUUGUCAUUUUGAUGAAAUUUACAGCAUUUUGCUCAUUAAAUCUUUAUACUCUACUCACUCUGAUGUUAUUAUUUUCAGCAUAGAGAACCAGUUUAAUUAUUUUACCUCCCUUUCAUAGAUAUUGAAUGUCUCCAGGUUUUAUUAGGGUUCGACAGAUUGUGCUGCAAACUAAUUUAUGGUUGCCUUUCUUCUAUUGAUUUCAGAGUGGACUUCUACUUUUAUGUUGCACUUCAGUGGGCACUGAAAUGGCAUUUGAAAGUGCUCUUCUCUGGUCUUUUGUUGAUGAUCAGAGAAUUUGUUUUGAUUGCUAAAAAUAGGUUGGAAAAGGUGGUCAAGCUCCAAUGGUUGUUUUGCCCUUUUUAUUUAUUGACUAUUGAGGGGGGAGGGGGAGGAGGCAUAGCAAAGCUUAGCAAUAAAUCAUAAGAGUUGAUUUGUAUUAUUGAUUUUGUAUAAAAACAUUUCCCAAGUAAAUAUUCUUUAUUGGUUUGAUGCCAGCAUAUUUUAUACAAUAAAUAACCUACACCAUGUAGGUCCAAGGAUACCUUCUGUGUAGAGAUAAAAAAUGUGGAUAGACAACUAGAGAAAUACAUAAUUCAACGAAAGAACAAACAGAAAAAUUGUAAAACUGAUAAGGGGAGUACAUGCACUUGAAGAGAGACUUUAUAAGUAAAUAGUAAUUAAUUAAUUAAUAUAUUAUAAAGCCUGGUAAGGGGAAACAAUCACAAGAGGAUUUUAUGGAUUUGUAGGCCAGGUAUAAAGUUAUUAUUUUGAAAUAAUGGAAGGAUAAAAUCAUGUAUAACAUAGAUAAUUUUAUAGAAAUAGAUGGUGUUUAGAGAAUAAUAUGUAUACAUCGUAUGUGCCAGGUACCUCAAAAUGAACAAUUAUAGAAUUAUACUGUAUGUACAUAAUAGUUGAGAUCAUUAAAACAGAGUAGUAUUUCAAUGCUAAUGAAUAUUAAUUCAUAAUGUCUGAAUACUGUGUAACAAUAUAUGCAUGCUUGUGAAGUGAAACAGAAUAGGGUGGUUUAAUUAUAGUAUAUUUCCGAAAGCAAAAUAAGAUGAAUGACAUGUGAGUAGUUGAGAGAAUCUUCAUAUGACAUACAUGUACCCUACCACUUGCUAUUAGUAUUAUGGGCAGAGCAGGGCAGGUUUUACCCACGAUGGUUCCCGUAAGAUGUUAAAAUGGCUAUCUUGGAUAUGAGUGUAAAAUACUUUCGAGGUUUCACCGAACGGUAGACCGACUUAAAUAGUGCAGUUAUCUGGUAUCUGUUGUCUUUAGUUGUAAGUCCCCUUGAUCCAACCUCAAAGCAUAUGAAACGGCAAGAAAAGUCGUUUUCCCGAAUAUCUGAAAUUAGAGUGGCAUAUUUCUCACAUUUACUUCUCCUAGCAUUCUCGAUAUUGGGCUCGAAAGAUACAGUUAAUUCCCCAAUUACCACUGAUUUUCUGUUGGAAUCCACCAUUACAAUAUCUAGCUGUUCUGUUGUUGUAAUUACAUCACUAGUUACAGUUCCCCCACUUAUUGUGUGACCUGGGAUGUCAGCAUUUAUCAAUAGAUCUGCUUCAUUAAUUUGCUUUUAAUAGUGAUUGCACAACAAAGAUGAUUUCCUGGUGAUCAUGUUGGUGAUCUGUUUUAAGGAAGGUGUAUCCUUGGAACUUGUCAAGGAAGUCGGAUAUUGCAGAUACAGAAAUAGCAUUUUUUGUUUACAAGGUACUACAUGUAUGCUUGUCCUCUAUGUCAGGUCUCAUCUCGAUUUCAAUUAAAACAAUUGUUUUCUCUCUUAUUUUUUUGUAUUCACCGAAAGAUUAUGCUUAACUUCAGGGACACUUUGAAUGGUAUAAUUGAAUU